GACUCGACCGGCCCACGCUUCCCGCCAGUCCGGUAACCCUGAGGCUGCGGCGCGGCGGUCACUGCGCCGGGGUAGUGGGCCCCAGUGUUGCGCUCUCUGGCCGUUCGUUACAGCUCUGCUCCAGGCUCCAGUGCAGGGGGCGUAGUGGGAUAUGGCCAACUCGGGCUGCAAGGACGUCACGGGUCCAGAUGAGGAGAGUUUUCUGUACUUUGCCUACGGCAGCAACCUGCUGACAGAGAGGAUCCACCUCCGAAACCCCUCGGCGGCGUUCUUCUGUGUGGCCCGCCUGCAGGAUUUUAAGCUUGACUUUGGCAAUUCCCAAGGCAAAACAAGUCAAACUUGGCAUGGAGGGAUAGCCACCAUUUUUCAGAGUCCUGGCGAUGAAGUGUGGGGAGUAGUAUGGAAAAUGAACAAAAGCAAUUUAAAUUCUCUGGAUGAGCAAGAAGGGGUUAAAAGUGGAAUGUAUGUUGUAAUAGAAGUUAAAGUUGCAACUCAAGAAGGAAAAGAAAUAACCUGUCGAAGUUAUCUGAUGACAAAUUACGAAAGUGCUCCCCCAUCCCCACAGUAUAAAAAGGUGGAGAAAGAAACGUCACACUGCCUUUCAGAAUCAGGGAAAUCACCCUUGCAAGCACAAGACAAGAAUGUGGGAUAGAGACCCCAAAAUUCCUGUUCAGAACCUAAGCUUAGCUCUCUGUUGGCAGGCCCAAUCAGGUCAUGGCACCUGUAAUAGGUAAUCUGGUUCCUAGGCCUCGUCUGGAAUUUUUUAGUAUGAAACCUAGAGAAAUUAGCCUGGUAUAGAUUAUGAAAGUACCGCUAAACACAGUUGCCAUUUAUUCCCCCAUGUCCAAUUCAGAGCAAGGGUAAACUCUGGCAUUGUAACCGAAACUGCUCUCUGUAAACUUUAAAUUUUUUUUGAAGAAUGGUAUUUUUUUUCUUAAAAGGUCAUAUAAAUUCUAUAUAGAUAUGUUUGUCUUAAUAUUAAAAUAUUUAAAAUCAUAUAUUGAGAAAGUUGAUAUUCCAUGAGGAUGCUUCAUUUGGCUUUGAAAACUCCAUACACAUUCAUGCUCAGUGUGAGAGGAAUGAUGGUAUUCUAUUUUAUAUAAUUGUUUAUUCUAGAGUUAUCUGAAAGCUAAUACUUCAUACUUUGAGAAGGCAAAUAAAGCUGUGGUAUGGUACAUUAAAUUAUAUUCCUAACUGAAAGGGUUUUUUUGUUUGUUUGUUUUAACCAUUUCCAGAUUAUUUGCAUGGGUGCAAAAGAAAAUGGUUUGCCGCUGGAGUAUCAAGAGAAGUUAAAAGCAAUAGAACCAAAUGACUAUACAGGAAAGGUCUCAGAAGAAAUUGAAGACAUCAUCAAAAAGGGGGAAACACAAACUCUUUAGAACAUAACAGAAUAUAUCUAAGGGUAUUCUAUGUGCUAAUAUAAAAUAUUUUUAACACUUGAGAACAGGGAUCUGGGGGAUCUCCAUGUUUGAUCCAUUUUCAGCAGUGCUCUGAAGGAGUAUCUUACUUGGGUGAUUCCUUGUUUUCAGACUAUAAAAAGAAACUGAGAUAGCAGUUAGACAAUUUAAAAGGGGUGUAUGAGGGCCUGAAAUAUGUGACAAAUGAAUGUGAGUACCCCUUCUGUGAACACUGAAAGCUAUUCUCUUGAAUUGAUCUUAAGUGUCUCCUUGCUCUGGUAAAAGAUAGAUUUGUAGCUCACUUGAUGAUGGUGCUGGUGAAUUGCUCUGCUCUGUCUGAGAUUUUUAAAAAUCAGCUUAAUGAGAGUAAUCUGCAGACAAUUGAUAAUAACAUUUUGAAAAUUGGAAAGAUGGUAUACUGUUUUCAGAGGAAUAAAUGUAUCUGUGGUUUAA